GCUUGAAACUUGCAAGAGAUGUUCCUCGGCGUUUGCUGCAUGGAGCUGCCUCAUUGAGUUGCGGCUGGGGCAUGCUGGGCAAGCGAAAGAAGGAGGUGCUUGCUCCAAGAGCAAAAGCCCAGAAGGAGAGCGGCAAGCCGAAGUGGAAGGAGGAGUUGGAAGAGGAGGAGUCCAGCGAAGAGCAGAUCACAGCACAGGAUUUGGAAGAAUGGCGCAAGAGAGAGGAAGCGGAACGCAAGGAAAGGGAGGCCAGAGAAGCAGAGGAAACGAGAAAGAGGAGAGAGGAAGAACGGGCCGCGAAGGAACGUGAGCGUGAAAGAAAGGAAAGGGAGAAAGACAAAAGUGAGUCUUCCAGUUCACGGAGUUCACGGUCUCGGUCCCGGUCCUCGUCUUCCUCUCGAUCCCGCUCAAAAAGUCGGCGACCGACAGGUUGGGAUGUGGCUGACAACAACUUGGUGCCUGCGGCCGCACUGGCCACGGACAGGCCUGCGCCCGUGGCAGUGGUGCCCAUCGCGCCCAUCGUGCCCCCACCUCCUCCAGCACCCCGUGCCAUCGAACCACCCAGAUCUGCAUCCCCAAUACAGCCGCCACCCCCAGAUCCUAGCACCACAAUCAGACCGCCGCCCCCACCGCCACCACCAGGACUCAAUGGACAUGUGCCCCCCGUUUUUCAGCAGUUCCCUCACAAUCUUGGAUACAAUCAUACCAGCCAAGACCGUGGGCAACUCCAAGCUCAGCAGCCCUUCACACAUCCGGCCCAGCAGUGGUCAGCCCCUGCCCCAUGGCAGGCAAUGCAAGGAAUGCAGGGAGUGCAAGGAAUGCAAGGAGUGCAAGGAGUGCAAGGAAUGCAAGGAAUGCAAGCAAUGCAAGCAAUGCAAGCAAUGCAAGGAGUGCAAGGGAUGGCACAGCCGCACCCAGGCGCGCAAGCCUGGCCAGGCACUCUGCACCAAAUGUGGCAGUCUGCGCCUCAAGCAGCACAGGCAGCGGCCGCGCAGGCCGCGCAAGCGCAGGCGCAGGCACAGGCGUUUCCAGAAGUGUGGCCGGGGGCUCAAGUUGGUCAAGGUCAAGAGGAGACUUUCGUCGGCAGGGUUAAAAGAUUCCAAGAGGGGCCUGGGGGAGGCUAUGGCUUCAUCGAUUGCGAUGAAACAAAGACCCGCUUCACAAGGGAUGUUUACAUCCACAAGAACCAGAUGGUGGGUCUGCAAAUUGGUGAUGAGGUGACCUUCACCAUUGCCUUGAACAACAAAGGGGAGCCACAAGCUCGAAAUGUCAUGAAGCGCGAGGAGGCCUUGCUGCUCCGAGCUGGCGCCAUACAUGGCAUGCAGGGCAUGCAGGGCAUGCAGGGCAUGCGCAUGAGCGAUGGUGAGAGUAUCAAUCCAAACCUCAUGGAUGAGGCGCAGGCGCGCCAUUUCCAGGCCUCGCUGCGAGGUCCUGAGUGAGCAUUGAUCUUGUCUUGCGAGUGCC